UCUUAGAGCGAACCGAAAUUUUGGGUUCAACUCAAAGAAAAAGAAAAGGAAGAAGAAGAUCUAAACAGAGUUGAAGCUUCCGACUCACUGAGAGACUGAGAGAUCCAUCGCCGACAGAACUCAAAAAUGGACGAAUCAUUCUUGCUGAUGAUAUCCAAUCUCCUCCACCUCCACAACACUCUCGACCCAACCACCUCCCUCCUCUCCUCCCCCUCCUCCUCCCCUUCCUCCGCCGUCUCCUCCCCCUCCUCCCUCCUCUCCACCUCCUCCGCCGCCGCCCCCCUCCUUUUCUUCACCAUCGCCUCCCUCCUCUCCUUUAUCGCCUCCUCCAAAACCAAACCCAAACCCAAAACCCCCAACACCAAUUCCCAUUCUACCCCUCUAACCCCCUCCGACACUUCCGCCCCUCCCGAAAACGCCGCGUUUUCCGUCGCCGCCUUCCGCGCCCUCUCCACCGAGCAUAUCUGGUCACUCGAGGCCCCGGUUCGCGACGCCCAGUGGCGAUCGCUGUACGGACUUUCGUACCCGGUUUUUACUACUGUUGUUGAUAAGCUUAAGCCUCAUAUUACUGCUUCGAAUCUGUCGUUGCCUUCGGAUUAUGCGGUCGCUAUGGUCUUGUCGCGUCUUGCUCAUGGUUACUCGGCGAAAACCAUGGCUGCUCGGUACUCUCUCGAGCCUUAUUUGAUUUCGAAAAUUACGAAUAUGGUUACUCGUUUGUUAGCUACUAAAUUGUAUCCGGAAUUUAUUAAAAUUCCGGUUAGUAGACGUAGGUUGAUUGAAACUACUCAAGCUUUUGAGGAAGUUACUUCAUUGCCUAAUAUAUGUGGUGCAAUUGAUGGGAGUCCCAUAAAGAUUAGGAAUUUGAAAAAUGAUGAUCGAAAUGGCGAAAAUUUGUAUCAAUGCAAAUUCGGGUUUCCUUCUGUGUUAAUGCAGGUUGUUGCUGAUCAUAAGAAGGUGUUUUGGGAUGUUUGUGUUAAGGUCCCUGGUGGGACGGAUGACGCAAUGCAUUUUCGGGAUAGUUUGUUGUAUAAUCGGCUUGUGUCGGCUGAUCUCGUUUGGGAGAAGGUGAUUAAUGUUAGGGGUCAUCAUGUUAGGCCUUUUGUUGUUGGAGAUUGGUGUUAUCCUUUGUUGUCGUUUUUGAUGACGCCCUUUUCGCCGAAUGGGUCGGGGACUCCUGCGCAGAAUUUGUUCGACGGGAUGUUGAUGAAAGGGAGGUCUGUGGUUGUUGAAGCUAUUGGAUUGUUGAAGGCAAGGUGGAAGAUCUUGCAAGAUUUGAAUGUGGGUCUUAAUCAUGCACCGCAGACGAUUGUGGCGUGUUGUGUGUUGCAUAAUUUAUGUCAAGUUGCUCGGGAGCCUGAGCCCGAGAUUUGGAAAGAGCCCGACGAGAAUGGUUUUCCAGCUAGAGUGCUGGAGAGUGAGAAGUCGUUUCAUUAUUUGGGAAAUAGCUUGAGGCAGGCAUUGGCUGACGAUCUGCACCAAAGGCUUUCUUCAAGAUAGAGCAUGGGAACUAGAGGAACUUUCGUCUUUGAAAGUCUUUGUCGGUACUUAUAAGAGGAGGAUUCAGAGCAAAAUUGCAGGUACUGGAAGGUGGUAUUUGCUUUGCACUCGGAAUCAUUUAUAUCAGCAUGCGCCCUUCAUGCCCCCCGAAUCAUUCAUAUCAGCAUACGCCCUUCAUGACCAAAGCCCUCUUCUUUCUCAGGUCAAAUCUCGAAGUCAAGUCCGAACAUGGCUUAAGUAACGCAGAAGCUUGUGUCCUUGACUGAAGACUUCACGGAUUAGAACUAUAAAAUUAGAUGAAAAAAUAUUGGAAUAUCUAAAACUCAUUAAAGCUUGAAACCAACACUAUAAUAAUUAAAUAAUGAAAAGAUGAUGCAGAAGCAUUUUACCUUA